ACAUUUGAACAAAUAAAAAUGGAAGACCAUGAAAAGUGGCAGCAGAGGCUUGAUAAUCAGCGAACACUUUUAAUCAAGAAACAGCAAAAAAGACGAGCUAAUGCCCAGAUGAUGACAGCAAACGAAAAUGCACGGCCAAAGAACCGCAAGCAGAAACCUGUUACUGAAGACACAGCUCUGUUAAUUAGUCAGUCCCAAAGCAACACUUCUUUGAAUGACACUCAGCUGGAACAGGGCUAUGAUAACGUGAUUGAGGAGAUCAGUCUUGAUAAAUUGACCAUCUCAUCUCAGACAAUGGUAAUACCAGAGGAGGUGACAUCAUCAGUCCCAACUAUGAUAAAUGAUCUAAAUGCAGAUCAUCAAACAAGUCCUACACACAUACAGAGUCAAGUCAAGGUGAAGAAAAAGAAAGUGGACAGUAAAAAGGCUGGAACAAAAGUGCUUGAGCAACAUGAUGAGGAGGAAGAACAACAGAAGGAGAAGAAAACAGGAAAGAAACAGGGCAAGAAAAAGAAAAAUGAUGACGAGCAAAUGAUUCAGACUGAUUCAGUGAUGGAAUUUAACAUGACAGAGGAAAAAGAACCUGAAGUUGAUGUUGAAAAGGAAAGAAAAAGCUGGUCAAAAAGCCCCGUCCCCCCCACACCAAAGAAGAAGCAGAAAUUCACCACCGAAGCACUUUAUCUAAAUGAUUGUGGAGAUGAAAAGGAAAUUGAAGACAAUGAGAAGGAGAAAACACUGAAGAAAACAUGCAAAAAGUCCAAAAAAGAAACAAAACAUAAAUCUGACCUUGCUUCACUAAACUCUAACUACAGAAAGUCCUCUUCAGAGAGUGAGCUGUCAGAUAUGGAGAGGUCUUCUCCAGUGUCUUCAGAGGAUUUAGAACAAUUUGCUCUACGUCCUGCACAAAGAGAUGUGACUAUUAAGUGUAGGAUCACCAGAGACAGGAGAGGAAUAGAGAAAGGAAUCUAUCCCACAUAUUACCUGCACAUGGAGAAGGAAGAUGGAAAGAAGGUCUUUCUCAUGGCUGGCAGGAAAAGGAAAAAAUGCACAACUUCAAACUAUCUGAUAUCAAUUGAUCCUACUGAUUUAUCCAGAGACACAAACAGCUACAUAGGCAAACUAAGGUCAAAUGUUUUAGGAACAAAAUUCACUGUUUAUGACAAUGGAGAGAAUCCUGAUAGGAAACCAUUUAUAAAGGAAACGGAAUCACUUCGACAGGAGCUUGCAGCAAUAUGUUAUGACAAAAAUGUACUGGGUUUUAAAGGUCCCAGGAAAAUGACCGUGAUCAUUCCUGGCAUGCAUGAGAAUGAUGAAAGAGUCAGUAUUUGUCCAAAAAGUGAUCUUGAAUCUCUUCUUACUCGCCAUGAAAAUGGCAACAAAGAAAAUUUAGUCUGUCUUGUUAACAAAUCACCAACCUGGAAUGAGCAGACUCAGUCCUAUGUGCUCAACUUCCAUGGGAGAGUAACACAGGCAUCAGUAAAGAACUUUCAGAUUGUUCAUCCUGACAAUGAGGACUACAUUGUGAUGCAGUUUGGAAGGGUGGCGGAAGAUGUGUUCUCUAUGGACUACAGUUUUCCCAUGUGUGCAUUACAAGCCUUUGCCAUCACUUUGUCCUCCUUUGAUGGCAAGCUGGCUUGUGAAUGA